GAUAGAGACAAAAUCUCCGUCAGGAGUGUGAACUUACAGAAAUACUUUUGUCCAGAAUGAACCGUCCAACUGAAGCAGAGAGAUGAAGAACAUGAACAGAAUCAUCAGUUUUAUGCUUUAUGGUCUGUUUUUGUGCUCCUCGGUUUUCUCUAAUGAUGAUACACAGGUCUCCUGUCAGGUCAGCAAGACUUGUAUCUUACCCUGCAGUUUCACAGCUCAUGAUGACGUUGUCAUCCACUGGAUUGAAGAGACUCCACCAGAGUCCCGGGUUCACUCCUACUAUCGCAAACAAGACCAACUGGGAGAGCAGCACCAGAGGUUCAGAGGAAGAACAUCUCUGUUUAAGGACCAGAUCUCCAGAGGAAACGCUUCCCUGCUGCUGAGAGGAGUGAAGGUUCAGGACCAGGGCAGAUAUCUGUGUUACAUCACUGGAAAUGACGAGAACUUCAUCCACCUGAAUGUGAAUGCUCCAGUCCAGCACGUCAACAUAGAAAAGGUACAAAAUAAAAUCACCUGCAGUUCAGAGGGGAUCUAUCCUGAACCUGGACUCAUCUGGACCACCAGUCCUCCAUCCAGCAGGAACCUGCAGAACCUGGAGAACCUGCAGAACCUGCAGAACCCACCAACAGUCCAGCAGACUGAACAGCAGCUUUACAGCAUCAGCAGCUCUCUGGUACUUUCAGACGGAGAUCCUGACCUGGACUACAUCUGCACCGUCAGCACUCCAGCAAACAGCAGGAGAUCCACGUUGCUUCAACCAGCUGUUAUAAGUGGAUCACACACUGAAACAUUUAUCUCCUGCUCAACCGCCAAUUAUCCAAUAAAGUAUCUCACCUGGACAUUUAACCACAAAGAGAUCAUCCUGACCCAGAGGGGAGAUGAAGGGUUCUACAGAACUACAGAGAGGUGGAAGCAGCACGUGAUGACUGUAUCAAGGACAGGAAGUCUCACUCUGAAGCAUUUAACUUCAGACCAGACAGGAACAUACAAAUGUGAACUCAGGGAUGAAGAGGAAACAUACGUGAAAUACACCUUUCUUCACAUAACAAAAGACGGGACUGGAGUUAUUGUAGGAAUGGUGUUGGGUUUGCUGCUGCUGGUGGUCUUGGUUUCUGGAGCUGUUGGUUACAAAUACAGGAAAAGGGUGCAGGAAUACAGGAAAAGGAGGAAAGAAAAAAUAGGAGAAGGGACUCAACAGAAACUGAUCUCACCUAAGGACGGCAGUGAAGUUCGCAAUCAGCCUCAAACACAUGAAGAUGUGACGUCUGAGGACCAGGAUGACUCCAGGAGUGACAAUACUGUAAAAAUGUGGUUGAAGGACAUUUUGGAGGAUUUGGACUCCAGUGAGCUGAAGGAAUUCCACUGGUACCUGGUGAAUGCAGAUCAAUCAAAGGAAGUUUUCAAACCGAUCCCAGUGUGUGAUCUGGAGCAUGCGGACAUAUUGAAGACAGCAGAUCUGAUGAUACAGAGGUUCUCCUCAAAGACCAGAGAGGUGGCCGAGACGAUUUUAAAGAAGAUGAAAAGAGAUAAAGUUUGUAAAAAGUUGAAGUCUAAGCUGAGGGAGAAGCACCAGCAUGUGUUUGAGGGGAUUAUUAAAGCAGGAAACCCAACCCUUCUGGAGCAGAUCUACACGGAGCUCUACAUCACAGAGGGAGGGACCGGAGAGGUCAACAAUGAACAUGAAGUCAGACAGAUCGAAGCAGCUUCCAGGAAACCAGACAGAGCAGAAACAGCCAUCAGACAGGAAGACAUCUUUAAACCCCCACCUGGAAGAGAUGAACCAAUCAGAACAGUGAUGACGAAGGGAGUGGCCGGCAUCGGGAAAACAGUCCUAACACAGAAGUUCAGUCUGGACUGGGCUGAAGGCAGAACCAACCAGGACAUCCAGUUCCUGCUUCCAUUCACCUUCAGACAGCUGAAUGUGCUGAGAGAGGAGAAGUUCAGCUUGGUGGAACUAGUUCAUCACUUCUUCUCUGAAACCAGAGAAAUCUGCAGCUUUGAAGAGUUCCAGGUCGUGUUCAUCUUUGACGGUCUGGAUGAGAGUGGACUUCCUCUGGACUUCCACAACAAUGAGUUCAUGACUGAUGUUAGAGAGUCCACCUCAGUGGAUGUGCUGCUGACAAACCUCAUCAUGGGGAACCUGCUUCCUUCUGCUCGUCUCUGGAUCACCACACGACCCGCAGCAGCCAAUCAGAUCCCUCCUGAGUGUGUCUCCAUGGUGACGGAGGUCAGAGGGUUCACUGACCCACAGAAGGAGGAAUACUUCAGGAAGAGGUUCAGAGAAGAGGAGCAGACCAGCAGGAUCAUCUCCCACAUCAAGACAUCACGGAGACUCCACAUCAUGUGCCACAUCCCAGUCUUCUGCUGGAUCACUGCUACGGUCCUGGAGAACGUCCUGGAAACCAGAGAGGGAGGGGGGCUGCCCAAGACCCUGACUGAGAUGUACAUCCACUUCCUGGUGGUCCAGGCCAAACUGAAGAAGGUCAAGUAUGAUGGAGGAACUGAGACGGAUCCACACUGGAGUCCAGAGAGCAGGAAGAUGGUGGAGUCUCUGGGAAAAGUGGCUUUUGAGCAGCUGCAGAAAGGAAACCUGAUCUUCUAUGAAUCAGACCUGAGAGAGUGUGGCAUCAAUGUCAGAGAGGCUUCAGUGUACUCAGGAGUGUUCACCCAGAUCUUAAUAGAGGAGAGCAGCCUGUACCAGGACCAGGUCUUCUGCUUCAUCCAUCUGAGUGUCCAGGAGUUUCUGGCUGCUCUUCAUGUCCAUCAGACCUUCAUCAAGUCUGGAGUCAACCUGCUGGAGGAACAAAGAAACACAGAGACUGACCUCUAUCAGACAGCUGUGGACAAGGCCUUACAGAGUCCCAACGGACACCUGGACUUGUUCCUCCGCUUCCUCCUGGGUCUUUCACUGGAGACUAAUCAGAACCUCCUACGAGGUCUGAUGGAACCAAAACAAAGGAGUUCACAGAACAAUCAGGAAACAGUUAAAUACAUCAAGGAGAAGAUCAGUGAGGAUCUGUCUGCAGAGAGAAGCAUCAACCUGUUCCACUGUCUGAGUGAACUGAACGAUCGGUCUCUGGUGGAGGAGGUCCAACAGUCCCUGAAGUCAGGAUUUCUCUCCAGAAUUAAACUGUCUCCUGUUCAGUGGUCGGCUCUGGUCUUCAUCUUACUGUCAUCAGGAGAUCUGGAGGAGUUUGACCUUAGGAAAUACUCAGCUUCAGAGGAGACUCUACGGAGGCUGCUGCCGGUGGUCAAAGCCUCCAAGAAAGUUGUGUUGAGUGGCUGUAGACUCUCAGGGAACAUCUGUUCACUUCUGUCCUCAGUUCUCAGCUCUCAGUCCUCCAGUCUGACAGGACUGGACCUGAGUCUCAACCCCCUGCAGGAUUCUGGACUGGAGCAGUUGUGUCCUGGACUGGAGAGUCCACACUGUCAACUGGAGUCUCUCAGGUUGAAGUGGUGCAGUUUGUCAGAGAUCAGCUGUUCUUCUCUGGUCUCAGCUCUGAAGUCCAACCCCUCCCAUCUGAAACAUCUGGACCUGGGCCAGAACAACCUGCAGCAUUCAGGAGUGAAACAUCUGUGUGGAUUUCUGGAGAGUCCAGACUGCAGACUGGAGACUCUGAGAUUGCAGAGCUGCGGUUUGUCAGAGAUCAGUUGUUCUUCUCUGGUCUCAGCUCUGAAGUCCAACCCCUCCCAUCUGAGAGAGCUGGACCUGAGCAACAACAAGCUGAAGGCUGCAGAUGUGAAGCAGCUUUCUGAUCUGGUUGAGAGUCCAGACUACCAGCUGAAGACUCUCAGCUGGAGAUGAUGAGAGUGACCAGGACUGAUGAGUCGUGUCCUGAUCGUCCUCAGAGUUGAAGCAGCACCAGCUCGUGUGGACAGACUCUGACUGGACCGUGAUGAAGAUGAAGAUGAAGAUGUACAUAGUUUCAGCUCAGUUUGUUUCUCACUUCCAGCGUUUUACAAACUUCUCAGAUAUUCAUGUAUUUCAGUGGAAACCGGUGUAGUUUUCUCCAGGGGGGUUUAUCAAAUCAAAUCAAAUCCACCGCCGUUUUAAAGGCGGUGGGGAAGACACCCGUCUGAAGAGAACAGUUGACCAAAUACAAAAGCUGUUCCUCAAAGAACCCAUAGAGUGUUUUAAAAAACGGUGUGGGAAUGGGGUCUAAAAGGCAGGUUGUGGGCUUUACCUUGGAGAAAACUCUACAAAGUGUCCCCGCAUCAACUAAGGCAAAACUCUCCAGUGUUUCCUCAGAUAAAAGCAUUGAUCCAGGUGUGUUAAGAGUUAAAAUCUGUUGAGAUAAAAGACUGGAUCUAAUGUCAUCAAUUUUACCCCUGAAGUGGUCUGCAAAAUCCUCACAGAGGGCAUCUGUUGCUGUCUUAUGGGAUCUGUUCAGGUUUCCAUUUGUUAGAAGAUCUAUUGUGGAGAAAAGGAAUUUGGAAUUGUUUUUGUUGUUUAAAAUUAGGUUUUUGAAAUGGGCGGUUCUUGCUUUUUUAAUACUGUUAUUGUAGUAUUUAAGGUGUUGGCAAAAAAUGUCAUAAUGAACUGUUAAUUUUGAUUUCCUCCAUCUUCUUUCGGCACUCCUGCAGUUUCUUUUUAGUUUCUUUAUUUCCUCAGUUCUCCAUGGGGGUGUAGGUUUUAUGCUAAUUCUUUUAGUUAAAAUCGGAGCCACUGAGUCCAGCGUUGUUUUGAGUAUUUUGUUAAAAUUGGCAACGAUAAAAUCACAGGGAGCUGGUAAAAUUUCUGCAGGAGUGUUCUGUAAAAUCUGGAUAAAAUUUGCAGCCACUUCAGGAGUUAGGUUACGUUUCCUCACCGUUCUCACCGGGGCCUCCCGCUGGUUAAAACUGGUGAUGUUAAAAAACACGCAAAAAUGGUCAGACACAAACCAAACUCCAAAAUAGAAAAGCAGGCAAAUGAUGUACUAAAGUAUCACAUCUGUAUUGGAAUAAAUGAACAUUGGCAACCUUAUAA